CCAGGAGAAGCUGAGGAGGCAGCAGCUCUGUUGGUGUCUGGUGUACGUGAGGCUCCCACUGAACGAGCCGCAGCUUCACACACAGAUUAACAUUUGUUAUGUUAUUUUAUUAGUGUAAAAACAUUAGAAAUCAAAGCUGAGUUCUCUCUAGAGCUCCAGCAGCAAAUAUGUUUGCUUAACUUGUCCGGCUUCCACUUUGUCUUGUUAGUUUUAUGUGUUUUGGUUUUGUAUAACCGUAGGAUCACCCUACACGUGUUUUAUUCUCCAGAGGUUUUAACAGCAGGGUUGAGUUUGUGCGUCAGGUUUUGAGGUUAGAAAGUGUCGACAUGAAGGAGGAGAUCGCUGCUGCCGUGUUCUUUGUGGCCCGGCUGGUGAAGAGAUACGGAUGUGUGGAUAACAACGGCAGGGAGAGCUUCGCCGCCUCCCUCACCUCCGCGCUGUUUGAGAACUACAAGAACCACUGGCACCCCAACGCACCCAGCAAGGGCCAGGCCUACAGGUGUCUGCGUAUGAACCGCGUGCAGCUGCAGGACCCGGUGCUGCUGCAGGCCUGCGAGCGGAGUGCGGUCCGGUACGAGGAUCUGGGCCUUCCCCAGGAGGUGACGGUGUGGGUCGACCCUGGAGAGGUGUCCUGCAGGUACGGUGAACAAAGCACUCCAUUCUGCGUCUCCGUGGUGGACGGCUGUCGCCGUGGGGAUGGGGAAUUUUCCCGCCGCAUCCAUGACGCCGUGGAGCGGGCGAGCCUUGACGUCCAUUCUGGAAGCUCUUCAGACGAGGAGGAUUGCAGCAGAGACAACAUCUUGAGUAGUCUGAGCAGCAGCAACCUAUCAACUCUCUGCCCUGCUCCAAUCCCAACCAUCAACCCCGAGCCCAAAACCAUCCCAACGGUCAGCAACCCCAACAGCGUCUACCGGUUCAGCGAGUUUUCUCCAGGCGCCCCUCAGACCUGGCUAAGGGAGAAGCGGAAGGCCUUUGCUGGGGAUGCGUUCCCACCUAUUCCUCCCCCAGUUGGAGGUCCAACCUCCCAGUUCUCCAGUCAGAAAGGCUUCAAGUCCCAUCGAGCCACAUUUACCUUCAGUGGGCCUCGUGUGGACAAGUACCACUGGGUCAGCAAAUCCCGAUAGAACGAGCUGAGCCUUCUGCUCUGCAGCUAUAAUGCGGAUCAAAGCACCAUAGACUCCGUUUGCAGGGGAAAAAAAUGAAGGACGGUUUACGCAUCUUUAAAAGGAUAAGGGUAUAUUAUUCGUAUAUGGUUUAAAGUGUUAAAGAUUUAAAUUAAUAAUGUUUAAGCAUGUUUUUAACCUUUAAAAAUAUUCAAGUAUUUUAAAUGAUUCUCCUAAAUGUGGUUUUUAAAAUAAGUGUGAAUAAAGUAACAUGGAACUGUCAUUGAAAAGAAAUAAAUGUGUCAGCUCUGCUGAUUAUCUAAAGGAG